AUGAUUCGGGAAGCUUUCCGAGUUUUUGACAAGGAUGGAAACGGCGUAAUAACAGCCAACGAGUUCAAGUUUCGAUGCUUGUUACAGGUCCAUAUGGGUAUGCAAUUUAGUGAGGAGGAAGUGGACGAGAUGAUGCAUGAAGUCGACUGUGAUGGAAACGGUGAAAUUGACUACGAAGAAUUUGUGAGAAUGAUGUCCAAUAUGUGA